AUGUCGACCCCAAAAAUGAAGUAUGAGCUAUCGCCGACAGAAUCUCUCGCCGAGUCAUUUGACUCGGCCCCUGGUAGACCAUAUCCUUCAUUAUUCCAUCCAGAACAUAGCAUGGAACCACGACAAGCCAUGACUCCACAAUCAUUUGAUGAUGAGAGCAUGUUUGGUGAUGAUAUUGGUGAAAGUUUGUCUGGUACACCAGCACCAGAAAAGAAACCAGUUAAGAAGAGAAAGUCUUGGGGUCAACAAUUACCUGAACCCAAGACGAAUCUCCCUCCUAGAAAACGAGCAAAGACAGAAGAUGAAAAGGAGCAACGACGAGUUGAGCGAGUCCUUCGAAAUCGACGAGCGGCACAAUCAUCAAGAGAACGAAAGCGACAAGAGGUUGACGCUCUCGAAGCCGAAAAAAUACAAAUAGAGCGUAGAAAUCGUGAUUUAGAAUUAAUGUUGGCAGACAUGUCAUCUAGAUAUGCAACGGUCCUUCAAAAACUUGAAGAGGUCACUGGGGUCGCUGGCGGCAACCUCCCACCCACCUUUCUCCCUUCUGCCAUCGUAUCCACCCCAAGUCGGCAAGAAAAUUUCCACCGACAGUCUCCAAUCGCCCUCACGAAAGAUUUGUUUGCAGUGGAACAAGAAGCCUCCGUUAGACCACUGAUGACCCCACAAGCCAUUAGGGACACUCACAAUACCAUGCAAUCCGCCAUGGGAACGGUUGACCCAGCCUCCUUAUCACCACCACCAACAAUGGAACCCACGGAUGAAACCUCAUUCAACGCCAGUUCUUACAUGUCAGCUGAAAGAACAAAGGCCCUGGAUGAGUUCAUCCCAGACUUCCCUAAUUACUCAAAUUUUGGCAAUUACGUUAUGGAUCCAAAUGGGUUUAAUGGCUUUCUCGAACAUCCUGACUCCCUUGGAGCAGAUCAGACUUUCCUUGAGGAACGCCUCGAGCCUCUCAUCGACACCUUCAAUAACAGCUUUGAUAAUCUGGCUGACGACAACAACGGCACCAUUAACGAGUCCAUAUUCGACGAUUUCACUUACCAAGACGAGAUCACACAGUCUGCGCCCGAAGUUCACUCUUCGAGUUCGCUUGCUGAAAAGACUUCUAGCCUGCAGUCCCAACAUGGCGCGUCCUCUUCUGGAUGCGACGUUGGAGGCAAUGCGGUUAGCGUCUAA